AUGAGGGCAGCUGUGGGUCCAGGGUACAGCUUUCAGCAGUAGGGUCCAUGGGCCCUGUGUCUGGGUCACUCCUCUGCUGAGGGCCAGAGUAAAAAAGCCUAACCCUAACUGUGUGGCUAAUCUUAGCAGAGGACAGUGACCCUAUAGCCCAGGGACCUCACCCUCAAGGCCACUGCCCAGGCCCAGCCCAGCUCUGACCUCUCACUCCCACUUCCUGGACCCUAGAGCAGGGAGUUCCACAAAGGCUGUGGACCUGGGGCAUGCAUGUGAGAAUGUGUAGGGAGGUAGGAGAGGAGGUGCAGGAGGGGCUGCUGGGAAGGACAUAGGUGGACAGGGUGGCCCACUGGGCUAGGGCCCACUCCAGAGUCAGGUAUCUGGGAUCUGGAAUGGGGGCAGAUUCUUUUCCCAGGGGCAGGGGCUUUGAUCAUCCACUGUCUACCAUCCAGACUCUGAGUUGCAGGAGCCUAUCAUAACCCCAGUCCACCCCUGCUCUGAUCCUCACCUACUCCCCUCCUUCCCAUGCCUGGCCUGCUAGGGAGGGUGGGAAGCCAGCCAAUCCCUGGGCUGUGGCCACACCCUGGACUGGUAUGACCUGGAGGGUAUAAAUACACCUGCUGGAGCUGACACCCUGAGAACCCACAGCACCCUGCUCCGGACUGGACAACACGUACAUUCCCACCCCCAACAGAGCUGAGGGCGCGCCUGCCAGACUGGUGACACACAACAGCUGCUGAACACUGGCCUGCGGAGGGACACCUGCCAGGUGGAGUGGAGGUCAGACUGGGCUGGGAGGAGAGGGAGAGGACGCUGCUGGAGCUGCAGAGCCCAGGGGCUCAGAGCCCUGCUGUGGCCAGAGAGAACCAUGCCCAGGAGCCGCUGACCCCCAGCUGCCAGCUCAGAGCCAUGUCAUCAGGCCAGGAAGUAUGGCACACAGCUAUGCUGCCCCCAAGCCGAAGCAGCUCCACAGCCUCCUCGGUGCCUGGGUCCUCCGGCCCAGCUGGCAGUCCCAGGUCCCCCUGCACCCCCAGCUUGGAGCGGGUGGCCUCGCCACUGGAGUGCUCCAUCUGCUUCUCAGGCUAUGACAACAUCUUCAAGACACCCAAGGAGCUCUCCUGCACCCACGUCUUCUGCCUAGAGUGCCUGGCCCGGCUGGCAGCUGCCCAGCCCACAGGCCGCCCUGGCACAGAGGCUGUGCCUUGCCCAUUCUGCCGGCAGCCCACAGCCGUGCCAGCUGCUGGGGCCCCUGGGCUUCGCACCAGCCGCCAGUUGCAGGCUAAGCUGCCAGCGCACCUGCGCCAGGAGGAGCCAGUGUGGCUGGAGGGUACCAAACUGUACUGCCGCCCACCGCCUACCACACCUGGCCAAGAGGUGCCCGGCUUUGUGUGUGUGGAUGUGGGACUGAGUAAGCCUGCUGAGUCCACACCUCCUGUGCCUGUCCCGGACCCUGCCCCACACCAGGGCCGCCUGUCCUGUUUGGCCCGCUGCUGGGAGCGCUGUGCAGACUGGCGGCGCCUGGUGCUAGUCUCAGUGCUGCUACUGGUGCUUUUUUGCGUGGUGCUGUGGCCUGUGCAGUGUGCCCUCAAGACUGGGAAUCUGCGCUGCCUGCCCCAGCAGCAUGCAGCCGCUGCCACCACUGUGACCUCUGCCUUCUCGCUGCAGCCUCUAACCAACGAUUAGGGUCACCCACCAGUGGCCAGGCCUUUGACUCCCACCCUUACCCCUUGGGGUGAAGAGAGUGGCCACCACUAGAUGUCAGCCCCAAGACUGUAAUGAGGACUUCUGGGACUGGAUUCUGAUGGAGUGGAUAAAGGGUCCCCAAAGGCUCCCAGAACCACAGGCUCUAGAGGCCAGACACCCCUGACCCCAGCAAGCUGAUGGGGAAGGGGCCCAGAAGAUGCCGGAUGCUGCCCUGGUUCUCCCUCAUACACUGUGAACUGCCCAGAAGGGAGGGGCUGGCUGUCCCCUCCCUCUAUGCUUACAUUUCACCAGGGUCUUCCCUGGGCCCUCGCUAGACAAGGCUGGCCCUUUCCAUUAGGUGGGGGUGCUGAGCUUGUCCUCUGACCCAGGGUGAGGGUGCAGAGGCAGGGCACCCCCAUGGCCAGCCUAGCAGAAAACUCCAGCGGUCCCUCCUGCCCCUGUGAAGAGUUUUUAAAUAAACUAUUUUGUAUCCAUGUUUGGUGGAUCUCAUCAC